UCCCCCUCUCACCUCAUAGCUAUGCCCUCUAGUGUUGGUUUUGUUUUCCCUAUCUAUGCUUUUCAUAAUUUUCAUAAUUAUAUAUUGCCAUUGCCAAAUGGUAGCUAAUUUCCUUGGAAUUAAGUGUAUAACAGUCUCGAUUUUUUUUAAACAAUUUAACUAUAAUCUUAAAGUUCUUUGUUUGGUCUUGUUUAUUGAUCUGUCAUUGAUUUGACCAGUACGCGCUGGUCUUUGUAACAAAGAACAGAUGUAACUCGUUGACACCAAUUAAUAGUCAGCAAUAAAGGAUACUGGCGGCACUCGGUGCUUUACGAAUCCGUUGAGAGAAGCGUAACAAAAAUUAAAAUGCCGUCGCCUAUUCCUGUGCACCGAAUUUUACCGAAAGGAUUUCCAGCUGCCAUUACUCUGCGGCCUUGUAGCAGUCCCAACCAGUUCAGAGGGAAGAGGCGAAACUUCUCCUUUGUAAAGCAGAGCAAUGGGGAGUUGCCACAAUGUCCUUGGUACACGGUCAUUUGGGAUGAAUUGAAGCUACUCGACCUUCUAGGCUCGGGCGGCUUCGGCUGGGUUUACAAAGGUAUUUAUUAUGGCAAAACUGUCGCAAUAAAGAAGGUGAGAAAGUGCACGAAGAACAAGCUGGCUGCGAGGCAGAGUUUCUGGGCAGAGUUAAACGUGGCGCACCUGGCGCAUGAGAACAUUGUGAAAGUGGUCGCAGCCACCACGUCUGUUCCCGCGAACCCGCAAGCCGAGGAUAGCGUGGGCACCAUCAUCAUGGAAUACGCAGGAGGGACAAGUCUGGACCAUCGGAUCUAUAACUGCGCGCACCCGCUGGACGUCGGGGAGUGCUUGAGGUUUUCCAGUGACAUCGUGAGCGGACUGAGUUUCCUCCACUCGCACAGCAUCGUCCACCUGGAUGUGAAACCAGCCAACGUCCUGAUCACAGAGUCGGGCCGUUGCAAAAUUGGGGACUUUGGCUGCUCUCACAAGCUGGCGGCGACCAGUGACUUGACACCCAAUGGCCAGUUGCGGCACCUAGGUGGUACCUACACACACCGGGCGCCCGAGCUGCUGAGAGGCCGUAACGCCACCCUCAAGGCGGACAUUUACUCCUUCGCCAUCACGCUGUGGCAGAUGAUGAGUGGAGACCACCCCUUCUCGGGCGAUCGGCAGUGUGUUAUGUAUGCAGUCGUGGCUUACAACCUGCGCCCUUCGUUUUCGCAUGUAUUCGACGAGACUUUGGUGGGCCGGAAGGUUCGUUCGGUCAUCGAUCACUGUUGGAAAGUUGAACCAAUUGAUAGACCUAGUGCAGAACAAUUGUUUGAAACUAUUACUAACUUGAAUUCGCUAUUGUAGUAGAGAAUAAAUAUUUUAUAAAGUGUAUAAUUAAAACAAUACGUUAGUGCUGUGUGUUGCUGACUAAAGUGUGAAGAAACCUGACAUUGUCUAAAUAAAGAAUAAUUCUGAUCUACACUGUAUUUACUAUUUGUUCCUCUACCAGUAAACUCGGGUAAGUGGAAGAGAAGGGGUUAACACGUCUCCUUAAUUAGAAUUCGCUGUGUUCCAGUUCCAUCACGUGAAAUGCUGCGAGCCCCUUAAUUCCAUACAUUUAUUUUGUUUUCCUAGGCUUCAUUUACGACCUAUGUGAAUGUUAAUUUUCAAACUCCUCGAGCUCAAACGUCAAUAUUUGUUUAACAUCAGAAUUUGGGUUUCUAUUGCACGAUGAAGCAGGGGACGACGCGUUUCCGAGAAACCGCCCAUGUUUGCCCGGCAGUUUUCCUUUUGGUUAAAAUUCCAGCAUCUAUGGUCUCUUGUGCCCCAAGAACCAAAUAGACCAAUCAUAUUGAAGUCGUGUGCAUCUUGCUGAUGCCCAGUCAAUGUCUCAAAAUGGGAAAUAUUGUCAAUUAGAAGACUCGCUUCGCUCCAGCGGAUCAUCUGACCUCUGUGCCUAUAGAUGCCCUGGGUUGGCGUUCACUAACACCCACUCCCGAGACAAAUAUCGCUGAUCGUUUUCCUCGAGUUACUACCAAUUGGACUUCACCCGCGAAUGAGCAGAACACAUCGGAUAAAUGCACGUGAAGUAAUUUUUGAUUCAAAGAAAAUCUCGAAGGGAGUUUAAUAUAGGGAGGUUUCACGGCAGUCGGGUCACGACCCAUGACCCGUGCUGUUGCUACGCUACUCCAAGUGGAGUACACGCGAUGAACUGCAGGUAGGCACUUACCAUUGUUUCCAGCGUAGCGGGUCCGUUAAAACCCGCCGAAAUUGUCAAUUUUUGCGCUGUAAAUAAUUAUGGAAAUCGGGAUAAGCGUGAGAGACAUUUAGCCUACUUCAGAAUUCCAAAAGUGAGGAGAAAUUACUAGAUAGAAGCGAGAGCUGAAAGGACAACAACAGACAGAGUGCUUGGCGAACAUUGGCCGUUUGCUCACUGCAUUUCAUCAACUAAGGCAUUGUUUGUAUUUUUUCUUGAUUCCUUUGUCAUCUAAAAAGUUUCAGGUGAUAAAUCUGGCUGUAAAAUUUUAAAAUCGCCCAUGGUUCUCAAGUGGGUUUUUACAUGCAAAAAGAAAAGGCCUCUGAAGCAAAAUUUACAGCUAGAUUUAUCACUUCUGAGACUUUUUAGAUACCAAAGGAAUCAAGAAAAAACACAAAUAAUGCCUUACUGGUGAUGAAAUGCAGUGAGCAAACGCGAUAAUUCCCAAUAUUUUCAAUUUCGAUAUCUGCACGGCCAAUGUUCGCCAAGCACUUUUUAGCUGUUGUUGGCUCUUCAGCUCUCACUUCUCUUUACCUUAAUUUCGCUUCACUUUUGGAAUUCUGAAGUUGGGUACAUGUCUCUCACAUUUACCCCGACUUCCACAAUUUUUUACAGAGCAAAAAUUCAACAUUUUGGCGGUUUUUAACAGGUAGGAAAGUACGUGUUUCUUGCAUUAAUAACA